UAGCAGGAAGCGGAAUUGUGGAGAUCAGCCAAAGCUGAUAGUCGAAACUGGGGGUUACAGGAGGCGCUGCGUAGCUUUAUAACGCGCCAGCGGUGCGACGUUUCUCUUUUUGGGGGGGGGGGCAAAAUAUGCAAAUCCGGACAGGCGUGACGUUUAGGUCUCAGGGGACGUUUUAGGUAACUUCAGCUCGCCGUUUAUUUACCCGUCGCUUAUAAGUCGGGGCCUCUUCACUGGUUUCCUGCGUUUCGUGACCAUAUCGUAUCCGGAAGUCUGCGGGGGCGGGUCGCGUUUAUAACACGUCACAGGGCGAACAGCUGAUCGUCAGCGGUGCGCCGAGAGCAGUAAACACACGCGUGCGAGAGGGGGAAGAGGAGGCGGAGAGGGACCCGGCCUGACAUGCCCAAAUACUGCUGCGUGCCCGGCUGUGGCAAUGACUCUGGAAGCAGCAGCCGCAGGAAAAGCUUCUACAAGUUUCCCCUUCACGACCCAGAGAGGCUGCAGCAGUGGUUGAGCAACAUCGGUCGCGAAGACUGGAUUCCCUCGCGACACCAGUACAUCUGCCACGAGCACUUCACGUCGUCUUGCUUCCGCGUGCGCUGGGGGAUCCGCUACCUCGAGAGCGACGCUGUGCCCACCGUCUUCCGAGUGCAGGAGAAACGGAAAGGCGGGGAUCACAGCGAGAGGGAAUCCAAACAUCUCCGAGGUAACGGUAACAUAAGGACGGCCUCGUCCGCCGCCGACAUGCCAGCAGCAGACAUGAUGGAGAUCGACGGCUGCAUGAACACCGUGCACCUCUAUGAGAUCACCGUCGACCCGUCGCAGCCCGGAGAAGCUCUGCUGGUGGGACCGAACAACGUGGGAGGAUCCAAAGGCUCCUUCCAGACAGAGCCGUGUCCUUUGCAGUCUGUGGACGGACCUGACCCGCCGGCCGACUUUCCCAUCGCCUUUUUUCAGAGGGUGGAGGGUUUAGGCAGUCUUCACGGUGGGGGGAAUCCAGAGGUGGUGUUUGUGUCAGAUCGCCCUGCGGGCGAGGGGCAAGAGGAGCUGGUGAAUGGGAUCACGGCAGCUAUACUAACUCAAGGAGAGCUGGUGAUGGCCGGCGACUCCUUCUCACUGGGCGGCACAGAGUUGGCCACGACCUCUCAGGGCACAGAAGACAAAGCGCCUGAUAUGGAGGGGCCCCAGGCGGUCCGUGAUGACCGAGGAGCGCAGGUCAUCGCCUACUUUGAGACAAUACCCAACGUGUUGCCCAAUGUGACCUCUGCCCAGUUUGCCAUCACGCCCGACACCGUGCUGUCAUCCGCUCUGGGCUCGCAGCCCAUCACUUCCACCCUCCCCAUAGUCUCCAAACAUGUGUCUUCUCCCUCCCCUGCCUCGCUGAUGCUGGCCAUGGAGAGCCUUGACACGGAGGAGGGGGAGGGAGACACAAGCGCAACAGAGGACAGCGGCGAACAGCAGGGACAUGCACUGGAGGAACACUGCUAUUACAAGAGCAGCUUGAGUAAGGAGCAGCUCGAGGCGAUUGUGGCCGAGCUGCAGAAAAAGGUGAAGGUGCUGCAGCAGCGUCACCGUCGACAUCUGGAGAAGCUUCUGGGUCUGGAGAACACCGUCAGCCAGCUGAGACAGAACAACCUGCUCAACGAGGAGCGGCUGCAGCUACUGGAGAGAGCUUACGUUCAGACGAGCACCGUGGUGUCGGAUGCCGGAGAGACCGUGGCCAUCAUUUACGAGGAGGACAACGGCGCUUACCUGUACGCCCCCCUGAACGACAGAGGAGAAGAAGUGGAAGAAUGGACACACGGCAGUCACUCCAUCCAUUGAGAUGUGCAUCUGUGUUUCCCCAGUGGCCAAACGUUGCGUUGCAGGGAUGACACCAUUUAACACUGGAACGACCAACACGGUCACUAUGACCCUUUUGAAUGUUCAAAGUUUGACAACUUUGUGGGGGUGGGGGACCUGCCGCUCCCUGGCUGCUCCUAAAAUUGCAUAUAAUUUGCAUUAAAAUUGCUUUUAGAUUAAUUGCACAGAAAUAAAGUGAUGAUAAGAUCUACCUAAAACGGCCGUGAGCUGUAAAAAUGACCGCUCGUCAUUCGCGCGUGAUCGUGCGCGUUAUGACGUCACUAUUUGCGGCGCGUUUUGCUCGCGUCAUUUCCUGCGCGACGUUCGUUGUCCUGUCCUAGAAACGCACUCGCGCCCUCCAGUGCGGAGAAAUGGUAUAAACCCGAUUUCUGAUUAUGUCCAACGUGUCUGGUUACAGGCGCACCACGACCCCCACCGAGGCGCUGCGGUAUUGACAGGCGUUGGACGGCGGCCAUUUUAAAUUGUUUUGAAAAAUUGUAUUAAAGUUGUUAAAUUGUUAAUUUUAGUGUCUGUUUCUGAACAGACAUACUAACAUAUGCAGUGCGUUAAUAUCUCAGUUGGGCGUUUUAUCUUGACAGAAUAUAGAGUUUAAAAAACCGUGACCCCCCCCCCGUGGUCGUUGUAGUAGUUUUUAAGUUCCGGCCGUUGUUUGGGGCUGUUUCAAUGUUUGUUUUCAGUGCUUUUUCUACGUUUCACGUUUUACAGGCCCUGUUAGGUUUGUUAGAUUGGCCACACGUGUUUUCCGUUUUGUUUUUCCAGGUCACAUUUUCACUUUUUCAAUUUUGCUAUUCAAGUUCGACCACGUCUCUCUGGCGUUUAAAAAUAGUAUUAAAGUUGUUAAAAUGUUAAUUUUGGUGUCAGUCGUUUCCUGACAGCCGUACUAACGCAUGCAAUGCGUUAAUAUCUCAACUGGGCGUUUAUCUUGACAGAAUAUAGAGUUUAAAAACCCGGCGGUCAUUUUGACCGCCUAUGGUCGUUUUGGGUAGGAGGGAAAUUCCGGUCGUUCUAGUGUUAAAAAAAAGAAGAAAGAAGCUAACUACUGAUA